UCAGCAAAACGCCCCCUCUCCCCGUCUUUGUACAUGUCUUCCCCCCUCUCUCUUUGUAUCCCCACUUCUCUCUCCCAAUUUCUAGCUUCUUUCUUGAUUUGACGGAUCUGGUGUUUGAGUUCUCAGAGUUAUGCGAAGACACAGCGCACUUACUUGAAGCAGAUAGUUGCUGCUGCUUGCAAGAUCUGGGUACAGAAAUUAUGAUCAUGUGGAACAAUAUGGAUCAUGGGAUUAAAAAGUGAAAUGCUAGAUUUAAUCAGUAAUAAUGGAGCAACUUAAGUCUCAAGUGAUUUGUUCUGGCUUCAAGUGGACUUGGAACUGUAGAUAGAAUGUCUUCCAAUAAGAGCUCUGCAAAUGUGCAUAACCAUGAUGGUUUUUGGACACCAAUAUCUGAUUUCAAAAACAGGCAGAAUUCUGAAACACAUUCUGUUUCAAGAAAUCAGAGGGGGGGAAAUAGCAGUCUCCACCAUUUUGAUGACCCAGAAGCUAUGGAACUCCACUCAAGGGCCGGAGCGCAGCAGGAGGAAAUCCUUUUUCUUCGCCAGCAAAUUGCUGUUGCCUGUGUUAAGGAAAUGCAACUGUUGAAUGAGAAAUAUGCUCUGGAAAGGAAAUUAGCUGAUUUGCGAAUGGCUAUGGAUGAAAAGCAAAAUGAAGCUGUGGCUUCUGCUUCAAAUGAAUUGGCUCGCAGAAAAGGUGAUCUGGAAGAGAAUCUAAAACUGACUCAUGACUUAAAGGUUGUGGAGGAUGAAAGAUAUAUCUUCAUGUCAUCCAUGAUGGGGUUGUUGGCUGAAUAUAGCAUUUGGCCUCAUGUUAUAAAUGCUUCUAAUCUUUCCAACAGUGUAAAGCAUUUGCAUGAUCAACUGCAGCUGAAGAUCAGAACUUCACAUGUAAGAUUAUUGUCUUGUAACUGCAUGCACCAUUAUAGGGCUAGAAUUGGUGAGUUAACAUCUGUGAUGGGAAACCCUGCUAAGGAUGGAUUGCUUGAUCAAGAUGGCCAACUUCCUUAUAUACCCUCGGGUUGGCAAUCUCCUCUAUCUAGCCACUAUAUAGGUGAACAGCAUAAAAUGCCAACAGAUUUGCAUGAUGAUAAUAUUACACAGACGAAACAAUUAAUGCAUAACAGCAAGAUGCAACAGUUAGUAAAGGAUGACUUCCUGCCGAAGUUUGCACCUGAUGCCAUUAGACCUGAUUCACCUGAUCAAAAGAUUCAGGAAUCUUCAUUCCGUUUUCCAACUGAGCAUGAUGGCUUUGCUUCUGGGGCUUCAGAAGAUGGCCCUGGCAUUGAAGGUUUUCAAAUCAUUGGUGACGCUAAACCAGGGGGCGGACUUCUAGGGUGUGGAUAUCCUGUCCGUGGAACUUCUCUCUGUAUGUUCCAGUGGGUUCAUCAUCUUCAGGACGGCACUAGGCAUUAUAUUGAAGGAGCCACAAAUCCAGAAUAUGUAGUCACUGCUGAUGAUGUUGAUAAACUUAUUGCUGUUGAGUGUAUACCAAUGGAUGACCAAGGCCGUCAGGGGGAGCUGGUGAGGCAUUUUGCCAAUGAUCAAAACAAAAUUACAUGUGACCCAGAUAUGCAGUUGGAGAUUGACACAUAUAUCUCUAAAGGCCAAGCCAAUUUUAGCAUCCAACUGCUGAUGUAUUCUUCUGACAAUUGGGAGCCGACAACUCUCACUUUGAGACGCUCAAGUUACCAAAUUAAAGUUAAUCGAACUCAAGAAGUUGUAAUUGAAGAGAAAUUCUCAAAGGAAUUAUCGAUCAAAAUUCCUUCUGGGCUUUCAGCUCAGUUUGUUUUAACAUGUUCUGAUGGUUCUCUACAUCCAUUCAAUACAUAUAAUGAUGUUAGAAUGCGAGAUACUCUCGUGUUGACCAUGAGAAUGUUUCAAAGCAAGGCCUUGGAUGAAAGGAGGAAAGGAAGAGCAUAAACCUUCUCUGUCAUGUAGGAUCAAUGUUUAGCCAUAUUCAUUCAUUGUAGAAGUGAAGGAAGGAAAGAAAUAAAUCUGCAUGGGGUUUAUAGAUGAGUCUCAAAAGAAAAAAGAGAAAUACACAUAAAUUUUUGUUUCUUUAACCCCCAUAGUAAGUAUAUUUACAGCAGAAGUGAUAUGACAGUGGAUCGUGAAGUGGUCUUAGCGUAGAAUGGAUGUAGAAUUUUUGCUUGCAGAUCAUCAAUCUCUCAGAACUUCUGCUCUGUCUAUGUAAAAUCAUUGUUAUUGUUUACUGAAUGCUGAAUGAGUGAAGAUUUUAUGGUGGUUUGGAAGUUUUUCCCAA